GGUCUCUUGGUUUGUUAUCUAAUCUAUUCUAUCUGUUUGUAGACCCUAACUUUGUACGCACGUUUCUUACCACGUACCGAUCCUUCUGCAAACCACAGGAGCUGCUCACCCUGCUCAUAGACAGGAUUGAGAUCCCGGAGCCAGAGCCGACGGAGGAGGACCGGCAGGCGCUUUGGAACGGGGACCAGCCGAUGGCGGCCGAGCUGCAGCGGUUCAGGAAGGAGUACGUGCAGCCGGUCCAACUCAGGUACCACAGAUCAAUCAGGAGAGACGUAACGUUGAUGUAACGAUACAUAUGUAUUGCCGGGAAUACACAGAUGCAUGUAACGGUGUUUGGGGAUUAGACCCCGUUGUGCUGGAAUAUCAUUCGGGAGGGAAAAACCCGAAUCGAUGCACUACGAUAGGCUUGUUGGAAUAGAGGCGAAGUGAUUAGCUGG